ACCACAAAAACAAAAAAAAAAAAAAAAAAACCUAUAUCGACACCUCUACGGUGAGCUCUACUCCCUCCAUUGUUUAAUAUAAUUCCUGUUAUCCUAUUUUGGGAAUCUUAAAUUCUAUUAUACUCUUACUUUUUUAACUUUAUUUAUUGUAGUUUCUAAUUUAUCCUUGAUUUUUGCACAUGCUUUGUACUUUUUUCCAUUUUUUUCUCUCUAACUUUUAUCUAUGAUUGCGCUUUUCACUUUUAUAAAUGUAAUUCAUCUACCAAAAGUGAAUAUCAAUGGGAGACGGAGGAAGUAUUUCUUAAAUGCCGUAAAAAACACAGACAAAAUCUAUAUUAUGGGACAAACGGAGUACAUAUUCCAAUUUUUCCCUUCAACCAAUUUCCCAAAACCAAAAUUUAUAAAGUGAAAAAAAAAAAAAAAAAAAAAACUCCAAACACGCGCCACCGAAUCCCAUAUUCUCUCUCCUACCUUCAUCUCCCGACCCCAAAAUCCCCCCUUGUUGAAAUCAAACCCCAGAUUGAAUCACCCUAACCCAAAUGACAACCUAUGGCACCAUUCCCACUUCCAAUUCACCCGACCCACCUCCAUUAACAAACCUCCAUUUCAUCUCCCACGCCAAACACAAGAUCCAAUCUACCUACACCACCCAUCGCCGUCCAUGGAACCUCUUACUUUCUCUCUCCUCCCUCUCCCUCUCCCUCCCCUCCUCCUUCAACGACGUCGUUCUCCGGAUCAAAACCAACCUCUCCUUCUUCCGUAUGAACUACGCCAUCAUCACCCUUCUCAUCCUCUUCUGCUCUCUUCUCUGGCACCCCAUCUCCCUCAUCGUCUUCCUCUGCACCAUGUCCGCUUGGCUGUUCCUCUACUUUCUCCGCGACACGCCGCUAUUUGUUUUUGGGUACAUCGUUGAUGAUAAGAUUGUGCUUGCGCUUCUUGCCGUCUUGACCGUGGUUUUUCUGUUGCUUACUGAUGUCACAGCGAAUAUUGUUGUGGCACUUAGUGUUGCAGUUGCUGUGAUUGUGGUUCAUGCCGCGGUGAGGAGGACGGAUGAUCUUCCGCUCACCGUGGCUGGGUUUGAUGAUGAGAGUGACGCGCGUGGUGGGUUUAGUCGUGGUUUUGGUGGGUUGGGUGAACGACUCCCUUUGAAGGAUACGGCGUCGUCUUCGUUUUCGGCUUCCAAUUGAAAUUCUGGACUUUAUUCAGAAAUUGUAAUAUUUCGAUUUUGCACUUAUUUAGUUGCUCAAUUGAUGAACUUCGGAGUAUAAAGACAAGGAGAUGAUGCCACUUUGUUUAGAUUGAUAGGUUUUUUUAUUUUAUGUCGAUGAAAGGGAUAUUAUUGGCGGCAAAUGUGAAUAUAUGUGUCAUUUUGCAUCAUUUGAACAUGGAUGAACAUGUAACAGGUGUGUUGGAGACUUUUACUCUUGAUGACGAUAUAUUUGUACUUCAUUUGUGUCUCCAAAUAAAAGCUUCAUUUAGCUUGUACAAGUUUCUAGAAAGGUGAAUAAGAAAAAAAAAAUAAGAUAUAGGCCUUGUUUGGUAAAGAGCUUUUU